AAAAAAGAGAUAGAGAGAGAAGACCUAAAGAACUUCCACAAAAGUCUGAAUAGUUAUUUCCAGAAUCAAUGCAUUCCUCAUUUUCCCACAAGCUGAAAUAUGUAAUAAAUAAUAGUUCUUUGUAUGUAAAAGUAUUCAAAAGGAAUGCCUUUUGUUUAGUUGUGGUAGUAAAUUAAUAUAUUCUUCAGUUGAUAAUCUACAAAAGUUGUUCUUUUGUCUCCCAGCAUCUUAAACAAGAACAACAACAAAAUGAGUAUUGGUUUAUUUUUGCAGAGCAGUCCGUUGCCAGCUAUGUGAACCUGUGAUUGAAUCAGCUAUGGUAUGCUGAGUGAUGGUUAAGAAAGACUACAUUAAAUUAGCAAAGACUGAAGUAUCUGAAGGAGACUUUCAAUUAUUUUUCUCAUGUGACAGGUUGUGGAUUGUAAAUUAGGCCUAAAAGGUCAGGUGACAGGCACCUGUUCCUCAUAAUUAUAAAAAUCUUUUGGUUACAAACACUAUUAAGCUAAACACAACAUGGAUAUACAGCAGGGACUCUAUAAAGCACUCUAGUGGCUUUUUUUCUGCUCUGUAAAUUUCCAAGAGGGCCAUACGUAGAUGCGCCCCUUACACAAACAAAUCAUUUCUUCCAAAACGUGUUGUCUUGGAUGACUCUUAUAUGAGUACUUGGGAUUGAUGAAGUAUAUAAAAUAAAUGCAUACGACUGAAUCAGUCUUCAGACUAUGUCGAGACAUGUUGUAGUUGAGUGCAAAAACAUUAUUUUUUAGCCCCUCUUUUUCCUUUACAAUCCACUGUUUAAUUAUCAGAAUUUGUCCAUAUUUUAAAUAGAAACCUCCCCGAAUUGCCUUCUGUCCUUUUUUAGAUGAGUUCCCAUUUUAAAUAAUGCCACGAAAUAUUUUGCUCAACACUUGUGUAUAAGGAGAGAAUUAGUUGCCAUAGACCGUCAUAGCUUUGUGGUAUAAUGAAAAUGGGAAGAAAUCCACAUUUUACAUGAAUGCUGUUAGGAAGGGUAUCAUCAUUUGAUCUUCAAACUUGCCACAUCUCUCAGGAGAGCUCAGUGAUAUUUCUAUUAGAAUUAAGGAGUGUGAUUUGAUUUUUAUGAGUGGUUACUUUGAGAUAUUUCAGAGAGCAGAAUAAGCAUACAUAUUGAACAGACCCAAGUAGCACAAGGUUGUGAAAUAUUAAAGGUGCUAGUUGUUUUUAAUUAGCAAACGAGUAAGAUCUUUGAGUAAAUUGAGCAUCGCAGAUUAUUAAGUUCUAUAUUUAAAUAUGUUCUUUGUCUUAGCUUUGUAUAGUUUAUGCUUAUUAUUUUAAGUAUUCAUUCUUAGCAUUUGUGAUCAGAUUACAGAAUGGUCAUUACUCUUGCUUUUCAAAUUGAUUUGGUUUUCAAACUCCAGAACUCUGGGGUGAUUUUAACAAAUUGGUUUACAUUUUGACAGAACAGAGUUAAGUUAAUUAAUAGAUCAGGCACGAAAAAUCAUCCACGGUGUAUUUUCUGGUAAAAUGAAAGUUAUGUUUCAGCAUCAUGAGCAUCAGGCUUCAGUAAUCUGUUCCUCGUGUGGAAUGAACACUUCCUACUUCGAGCUAGCAGGCACCUACUGUUUAUUUACGCUGCAUUAAACUGACAGCUCAGCAAUCAGAGGAAAAAUAUUACUUACCUUCCUGAAGUAAAUACCAGUUUAUAGGUUAGCGCACGUAUUUAUAUUCCUGUCACCACUAAAUAACGGCUCUGUCUCCAUUUUAAUAUCUACCUGUACUAUAAUCCAGGGCUUCAGGCUCUUCCUGGUUGGGGGUAGGGGUCGAGAGGAGUUUUUCUUAAUCAUUUACCAGUCGCAAAACUUUAAAGCAGAGUAAUAUCUUCUUAUUUCUGUCGUGUGGGAACCGGUUGAAAGGCACGCUAUGCACUUUUGCUUUACAUACCUCAAAUGUAACAUCAAAACCCCAAAAGACUCUGCAUGCCACUUAAAAUAGUCAUCUUAGGGCAACCUCAGGACCAACGGAUCCAAACGCAUUGAAGUGUGUGUUUGUGACACUAACUUUCUGCAAAGUUCCAACGAGAUUACUUAAACUAUCUGAUUACUUAGAGAAUAACUUUGAUCAAGUGUGGUCCCUCCCAAGUCUUAGAUGAAAUGGUUCAGUUGUUAAUGGAGAUCUGCCAACGUGAGGACAAAGUGGGGCUCACUGAUUGAUCGACUGACUGAUACUGUUGGCUUUCCUCUGAAAAUAGGCUUGCCCCCUUUGUCUUCUUGCUAAUCUGCCACAUUUAAGAGAGAUUUCAACUUGGUUCUGAUACUAAAUGCACUUGUUGUCUUCUUUUUAAGUUAAAAGCCCCUUCUCUUUCAAGACUCCUGGAAAUACUGCUCAAUAUACUGUGAAAGCUGAAUUCCCAAACUUAUGAUUAACUUGUGAAAAUGCUUAUUUUCACUUAUGUUCUAUAAGUAGCUCUUACACCAUCAUCUACACACGGUUGUCAAUCUCUAAUCAUAUAUUCCAUUGACAUCAGAGCAGAAUGUGGUCUUAAUACAGCAUAUAAAUCAAAUCUGUUACACAAGGUUCUUCUUCUUCACUAUACCAAAGAAAAAGUGUCUACUAUGGUAAUUUAUAUCUCAUUCCUAAGUGCUAUUCUCAAUGGUUAAGUCUAUUUAAACUUGAUGUCUUCAUAGAGUGUGAUCAACACAUUAACACACAUUAUUUAGUACUUUUGAACUUACGCCAACAGUACCUUUUGCUGUUUAUUUUUUUAAAGUCUUUUUUAAGAUCAGAUAUUUCAUUUCAGAGUAAAUAGAUACAGAUUGUGUGUAUAUAUAUUCAGGGUGAGAUUUAGUAGCAGAGCAUUUCUCCAGCAUAUUGGCCUAUUUUUAUUCUUUUAAGUUACUCUGCCUCACUGCCACAGUUGUUGCUGUCUGAAGGUUCAUAAUAGAAAUUCUAAUCACCUCUUUCAGUGGACUUUCAAGGAUGUAAUUCAGUUUAUGUGAUGAUCUAGUUUAGUUAUGAGAGAUGAAAAUUAGUUAACUGGUACCCUAGCAUUUGUGUCCCUAGAUUCUGCUGAAAUUUAUUCAGGCCAGUUAUUUGACAUUUGGUAGUGAAGUAUCUUGUAAUCAAAAAUUAAGAGUUGGUUCAGUUUCCAGUGGAGGAAAGAUCUUGCUGGAUAAAACGUUUAACUGUGCAAUAUUUUAUUACACUCAUCACUCAUUUUAGAGCCCGCUCAUUGUUGCACAAAUUUUUGAGGACCUUGGGGUGCAGGCUCCCCAAAUGAAGCUGAAAACACUCACAAGAAGAUGUCAGGCUGCACCUGGUCGUGCCUUUACUAGAAUGUCUGUGGACCUGCAUCGGCCCCCCUCCUCUGCACCCCUUCCUCCCCCUAGGUGUGCAGGAAGUGGAGGGCGUUGUGCUGGGUGAAGUGGGUGGACUCUACCCAGAGCUAUGACCUGAUUUGUGACGCACCCUCAGAACUGCAGUCAUGGUCCAGCUGCUUCACAGGCAACUGGUAACACCUCAUUUGGGGAUGCUUCUGCCCUGCUAGCAGUGCCAGAGAGAACUUCGUCAUUGUCACCUCAUCAAAGACUACUUUUUGCGAGCUCUCCCAUAGGGCUAGAUUUGGAGAGCAGCCUCUGAUAUUUGGAGGGUGAUCUUUAGAGGGUAACUGAGUAUGGAUCAUUUGAACGAGGCAACUCAGGGGAAAGAACAUUCAGAAAUGUCUAACAAUGUGAGUGAUCCGAAGGGUCCACCAGCCAAGAUUGCCCGCCUGGAGCAGAACGGGAGCCCACUAGGAAGAGGAAGGCUUGGGAGCACAGGUGCAAAAAUGCAGGGAGUGCCUUUAAAACACUCGGGCCAUCUGAUGAAAACCAACCUUAGGAAAGGAACCAUGCUACCAGUUUUCUGCGUGGUGGAACAUUAUGAAAAUGCCAUUGAAUAUGACUGCAAGGAGGAGCAUGCGGAAUUUGUGUUGGUGAGAAAGGAUAUGCUUUUCAACCAGCUGAUAGAAAUGGCAUUGCUGUCUCUGGGUUAUUCGCAUAGCUCUGCUGCCCAGGCCAAAGGGCUAAUCCAGGUCGGAAAGUGGAAUCCAGUGCCACUAUCUUAUGUGACAGACGCCCCUGAUGCUACGGUAGCAGAUAUGCUUCAAGACGUGUAUCAUGUGGUCACAUUGAAAAUUCAGUUACACAGUUGCCCCAAACUAGAAGACUUGCCUCCCGAACAAUGGUCGCACACCACAGUAAGGAAUGCUCUGAAGGACUUACUGAAAGAUAUGAAUCAGAGUUCGUUGGCCAAGGAGUGCCCCCUUUCACAGAGUAUGAUUUCUUCCAUUGUGAACAGCACUUACUAUGCAAAUGUCUCAGCAGCAAAAUGUCAAGAAUUUGGAAGGUGGUACAAACAUUUCAAGAAGACAAAAGAUAUGAUGGUCGAAAUGGAUAGUCUUUCUGAACUAUCCCAGCAAGGUGCCAAUCACGUCAACUUUGGCCAGCAGCCUGUCCCAGGGAACACAGCUGAGCAGCCUCCGUCCCCCGCGCAGCUCUCCCAUGGCAACCAGCCCUCUGUCCGGACCCCUCUACCGAACCUGCACCCUGGGCUUGUGUCAACGCCCAUCAGUCCUCAAUUGGUCAACCAGCAGCUGGUGAUGGCUCAGCUGCUGAACCAGCAGUAUGCAGUGAAUAGACUUUUAGCCCAGCAGUCCUUAAACCAACAAUACUUGAACCACCCUCCCCCUGUCAGUAGAUCUAUGAAUAAGCCUUUGGAGCAACAGGUUUCAACCAACACAGAGGUGUCUUCCGAAAUCUACCAGUGGGUACGUGAUGAACUGAAACGAGCAGGAAUCUCCCAGGCAGUAUUUGCACGUGUGGCUUUUAACAGAACUCAGGGCUUGCUUUCAGAAAUCCUCCGAAAGGAAGAGGACCCCAAGACUGCAUCCCAGUCUUUGCUGGUAAACCUUCGGGCUAUGCAGAAUUUCUUGCAGUUACCAGAAGCUGAAAGAGAUCGAAUUUACCAGGAUGAAAGGGAAAGGAGCUUGAAUGCUGCCUCGGCUAUGGGUCCAGCCCCCCUGAUAAGCACACCGCCCAGCCGCCCUCCCCAGGUGAAAACAGCUACGAUUGCCACUGAGAGGAAUGGGAAACCAGAGAACAAUACCAUGAACAUUAAUGCUUCCAUUUAUGAUGAGAUUCAGCAGGAAAUGAAGCGCGCUAAAGUGUCCCAAGCACUGUUUGCAAAGGUUGCCGCAACCAAAAGCCAGGGGUGGUUGUGUGAGCUGUUACGCUGGAAAGAAGAUCCCUCUCCAGAAAACAGGACUCUGUGGGAGAACCUCUCCAUGAUCCGAAGGUUCCUCAGUCUUCCUCAGCCAGAACGUGAUGCCAUUUAUGAACAGGAGAGCAACGCGGUGCAUCACCAUGGCGACAGGCCGCCCCACAUUAUCCAUGUUCCAGCAGAGCAGAUUCAGAGCCCCUCUCCCACCACCCUUGGGAAAGGAGAGUCUAGAGGCGUUUUCUUACCAGGCCUGCUGACCCCUGCACCAUGGCUCGGUGCUGCUCCUCAGCAGCAGCCGCAGGCGCAGGCGCAGCAGCAGCCGGCGCCGCCACCCCCUCAGGCGCAGGCGCAGCAGCCGGCCGGGCCCCGGCUCCCCCCGCGGCAGCCCACGGUGGCCUCGCCCGCAGAGGCCGAGGACGAGAACCGGCAGAAGACCCGGCCGCGGACGAAAAUUUCCGUGGAAGCCCUGGGCAUCCUCCAGAGUUUCAUCCAAGACGUGGGCCUGUACCCGGACGAAGAGGCCAUCCAGACUCUGUCCGCGCAACUUGACCUUCCCAAGUACACCAUCAUCAAGUUCUUUCAGAACCAGCGGUAUUAUCUCAAGCACCACGGCAAACUGAAGGACAACUCCGGCUUAGAGGUGGAUGUGGCCGAAUACAAGGAAGAGGAGUUGCUUAAGGAUUUGGAAGAGAGUGCCCAAGACAAAAAUGCUAACACCCUUUUCUCGGUGAAGCUAGAAGAAGAGCUGUCGGUGGAAGGAAACACAGACAUUAACACUGACUUGAAAGACUAAGAUCAAAGUAUUAUUUUCAUUCAACAGUGCCACUGGUAUUUACUAACGACAUGAGAAGUCCACCUUGUAUUCUCUCAGAAAACCUUUGUUGUUCAUGGUUUGGCCAAUGAAUCUUCAGAAACUUGCACAAACAGGAAAGUUGAGAAAGGAUAAUACAGACUGCACUAAAUGUUUUACUCUGUUUUACAAACUGCUUGGCAGCCCCAGGUGAAGCAUCGAGGAUUGUUUGGUAUUUAAAAUUAAAAUUUGUGUUCACGGGACGCAUCGAGGUGCAUACCCGUAAGCAUGAUACCAGUGAUAUCUUUUUUUUUUUUUUAAAAAUUAUUAUUCUGGAGCCUCAAACAAGCAUUAUAACUUCUGUGAUUAUUAUUUCCUUCCUUUAAUUAUUUCUGUAACACUCCACACUGAUCUUUGGAAACUCGCCCCUUAUUUUAAAAAAAGAAAAAAAAAAGAGUUUGUUACUCUAUUGUAUGUUACAAAAGAACUAUAGACUGUGGAAUGCAGUUUAAAGAUGACAUAUGCCAACAAAUGCCUUGUAUUAUAUGGCACUGCCGUAAUUCAAAUUUGUUUUUAUUUUGGAAAUAAAAGUUCACUGUAAUUUUUUUCAUUCUCAUUGUUACAUGAUUUUUUAAAAAAUGAAAAGAAAAUGUGAAACACAAUUUAGUCCUCAUUAUUUAUUUGUAGAUCCUGCAGCAUCAUGUUGUAAUUAAUUUUUUGGAAGUUUCCGUUAAAUGUAAUAUUGCUUCUCUUGUUACCAUACUGAUUCUUUUCUAUUUAUAAAUGUAUUUUGAUGGGCAGUAAAACAAAGUGUCUUAAAAGUUUUAAAUAGAGAAAAUGUGCUUUACACAGUUGCCUAUAAAAAGUGCUCUAUGUUAUCCAAGCAAUUCAUACUAUAAGCUUCACUCUUAUUGUUGUAUGCAAUUUUUACUAUCAUGCAAAUAAGCUUAGGUAAAUAAAACUAAUAGAUCACCUUAGAAAAUUAUGCAAUUAAUGUGAAAAUAAUGGAUGUUUGCAAUGUGUCUUCCUUUGGUUUACAAUCAAUUUUAAAGCUACAUCUGUAUAAAAUUUCUGUAUAAAGGUGUAUUUCUUUUUUAUGAGUUUAUGGCUAUGAAAACACCAGCUAUUUUGUUACAGCUGGCUGUUUUUAUAAGUGUAUCACAAUUUUCUUUAUGCAGAAAUGUUCUGAUUAGGAGUGGUUAUUGACUGUAACUACACAAUUAAAAUUGUUUGUAUGGUAUGACA